GUGUAGUGUAUUAUAAUGCCAUAACAAAUUAACAACACAUACUCUCCAUAAAAAAAAAAAAAGUAUAUGUAAAAAACAUAGUGAUUACAAAUCAUCACACAUGAUAUAACGUGACAAAAUUCCACUAUCAAUCCAUUCGAUUAAUUCUUCUUUUCUUUCCUUUCCCACACCCUUUUCUUACAAUUGAAGCUUUUAUUACCUUUUAAUUUUUUCUUUAAUUAUUCUAGCAAUUUAUAUUCGUCUCAAGAAGAUUGCCUAAGAAGUAAGAAGUUGAAAGAAAAGAAAAAAAGAUGAGCUCUGUUUGUAUAUCGAAUUGCAUCAACGAUGCACGUGACCCACGUGUUCCGGUGAGAGCCACGUACGUGAACCUCUACAAGUGGCCGGAAUCAGAUGCUGCGUUUGUGAGGUCAGUGAGUUCCGACGGCAGAGAAAAGGGGGGUGAAAAACAACAUCCGAGGGUGGUGGAUAGCAUUUCUUGUAGACAGUUGUUUCUGAGAAGCUACACAUUUUGUAGAGAUGAUGAGAAGAAAGUGAUGGAUAAGACACAAAAAUGUUUUGGGAGGAGAAAGGUUAAGGUGAAAGUGAAAGUGAAAGCGAAAGCUAAAGCGAAAGAACGUGUUGUUUUUGUUGGGAAGAAGAAUUUGGGUUGGAAAAAAGUUAAGGAGAUAUCGUGUUCUGCUUUGUUUAGUAUUUUUCGAAGGUUCUUGUCUUGCUGUGCUAGUGUUGAUGUUGUCGAUGAAAAUUAUCACAUUUAAUUAAGGUUUGUUUUCAUGUUUUUAUAAAUCAACUAUAAUAACUAUAUAUAGCUUUUAUUUAAGAUAAGAAUGUGGAAAAUGUUAAUGUAAGGUUAGCAAAGGAUGAUAUUCUCAGUUUCUUUUUUAUUUUUUAUUUUUAAAAGAUAUGAUAUUCUCAGUAAAACUUUACUACUAGGUGUCUUGCAGAAA